AUGGGAACGUAUCUCAGUAAACCUGUUACAACUAAAGAAACAGAAAGCGGUUCUUUUGGCUCAGUUGAAUUUGCUAUGAGUUGCAUGUAAGGAUGGCGUACAAAUAUGGAAGAUGCUCAUAUUUGUGAUCCUAAAUUUGAUGUUGACACUUAACUCUAUGCAGUCUUUGAUGGACAUGGUGGAUUUGAAGUUGCACUUUUUGUAGCAAAGCAUUUUGGUAGGGAACUUAAAGAAAAUGCUGCCUAUAAAUCUAAAGAUUUUCCUACUGCCUUAAAGGAAACUUUCUUAAAAAUGGAUGAAUUGCUUCUCACAGAAGAAGGUAGAGAAGAUUUGCUCAAAAUUGUUAAAACACGUUCUCCAGAACAAACUUAGGUUUAAAAUACCGCAGGUUGCACAGCUAACGUUACUUUACUUUACAAAAACUAAAUAUAUGUAGCUAAUGCUGGUGAUUCACGUUGUGUUUUAAGUGUUGAAGGUAAAAAUCUCGAUCUCAGUAAAGACCAUAAACCAGAAGAUGAAUUAGAAUUAGAUAGAAUUAAAAAAGCUGGUGGUAGCGUUACAAAUGGUAGAGUUAAUGGUAAUUUAAAUCUAUCUCGUGCCUUAGGUGAUUUAAAUUACAAGUCAAACAAAGACAUAAAGCCUGAAGAGUAGCUCAUCAGUCCUAUGCCUGACGUUGUAAUUCAUGAAAUAACUCCAAAAGAUGAAUUCCUUCUGAUUGGUUGUGAUGGCAUUUGGGAAUUAAAAACUAACCAAGAAUUAGUAACUAUUUGCCGCAAGGGUUUAGUUGAGUAUGUUCCUUUAACUAAGAUUGUUGAAGAUUUGCUCGAUUAGAUCAUAGCUAAAGACACUACUUAAGGUCUUGGCUGUGACAAUAUGAGUGUUAUUCUUGUAAAGAUUAAGCGUAAUAUAGUUGCCCCAGAUGCUGAACCUGAAAAGGAUAGCGUUCUUGCAAAUGGUGUCCUCGAUAAGUACAAAGCAGCUGGUAUAAUUUCAGAUUUAGUAGUUGAAGAGCUUAUUAAAAAGGUUAAAGCAAAUGCAGUUAUUUCAGAAUUAUGCUAAUUUGGAGAUGAGCUUGUGGAAGCUGAAGUCAAGAAAGUUUUUACCAAAGAUAAGAAUAAAGGUGUUGCAUAUCCUACUUCAAUUACAUUAAAUGAGCUUGUGUCUAACUACUCUCCAUUAAAGAAUACAACUGAUGACAAGAAAUGGUUAGUAAUCAAGAAAGGAGAUUUGGUUAAAAUUAGCGUAGGUGUCCAAAUAGAUGGUUUUUUAGCAGAAUCUGCCUAAACCAUAGUUUGCUCUGAAGGUGCAAGUGUUGAUGGCGCCAAAGCUGACGUCAUCCAUGCUGCAUACUAUAGUCUUUAAACAGCUUUGAGAACUCUUAAUCCUGAAAAAAUUAAUACAGACACUGUAGAUAUCAUCAAAAAAACUUCUAAUAUUUAUAAGUGCAAUCCAAUUUCCGAUGUGAGAAGCUAUGAAAUUAAGCACAAUAAUAUGGAAUCUAAAUUCUUUAUUCCUAGUAUUGAUGAUAUCUCUAAUAAGAGAGAAUUCUUCACUUACAGGUUUGAAUAGUACGAAGUUUAUACCUUAAAUAUCUUAGUUUCUAAUGGCUCCGGUAGCAUCAUUCAUAUUGAAGGUUUGCCUAAAUCUAAUAUUUACUAAGCCCAUCCUGAAAAGCAUUUGAAAUAGGUAGGUAUUAAAAAAAAUGCACAAUAGAUUUACGACAAAAUUAUUGAACAUCACUCUCACUUCUACUUCAGUGCAAGACAGUUUGCAGAAGAUCCUACUUACGAUAAUGUUUUAUAGGAAUUCAAAAAAUAAGGAGUAAUUUCUUAGCUACCCAUUGAAUCUGAAGAGCCUGGAAAAUAUGUAGCAUAGUUUAAAAUGACUGUUGCUAUUCAUCAAGGAGGAUUAAUUUUAUUGAGCGGAUUGAAGCUCGAAAAUGCACUUGCUAAUUUAAAAUCUGCUUUUUCAGCUGAAAGUGAUGCAGAAAUUAAAGCACUUCUUGAAAAAGACGUGAUUAAGAAGAAAAAAGCUAAAAACAAAAAGAAAUGA